AUGCUUGAGUGCAAGCGUUUGCCAGCGAACAAUUAUAACUGCGUUCCUUUAACACCAAGGUCUAGAUUGGAAAGGCUUCUGAGGGAAAGAGAGCUAAGGAAGUCCUUCAAGAAUCAACCAACUGAUGAAGCAAGAGAUGGGAGCAAAGAGGGAGAACAAUGUUCUGGUGAUUCAAUAAGUGAGAAUGAAAUUUCAGGUGUUCAUAAAGAGGAAGAAGCCACGGAAACGAAUAGGCAAGAUGAGAGGCCAGGCAAACAACGUUUGUUGGUGGUAGCUAACAGGUUGCCAGUUUCUGCUGUAAGAGAUGGUGUGGAGUCAUAUCAUCUUGAGAUCAGUGUAGGAGGGCUAGUCAGUGCACUUCUAGGUGUAAAGGAGUUUGAUACCAGAUGGAUUGGGUGGGCUGGUGUGAAUGUGCCUGAUGAGGUUGGACGGAGAGCAUUGACUAAAGCUUUGGCUGAAAUGCGGUGUAUUCCAGUAUUUCUUGAUGAGGAGAUAGUUAAUCAGUACUAUAAUGGCUACUGCAACAACAUCUUGUGGCCUCUAUUUCAUUACCUUGGGCUUCCACAAGAAGAUCGACUUGCUACCACUCGUACUUUCCAAUCCCAAUUUGAUGCAUAUAAGACGGCAAACCAAAUCUUUGCUGAUGUAGUAAAUAUGCAUUAUGAGGAAGGAGAUGUUGUUUGGUGCCAUGAUUACCACCUAAUGUUCCUUCCAAAAUGUUUAAAGGAGCGCAACGACAAAAUGAAAGUUGGUUGGUUUCUCCAUACACCCUUUCCUUCCUCAGAAAUACAUAGGACUCUACCAUCCAGAACAGAGCUUUUGAGAUCAGUCAUUGAAGCUGACCUUGUGGGAUUCCAUACCUAUGAUUAUGCAAGGCAUUUUGUUAGUGCUUGUACUCGUAUUCUUGGGCUUGAGGGCACACCUGAUGGAGUAGAAGAUCGAGGGAAGCUAACCCGUGUGGCUGCGUUUCCUAUUGGGAUUGACUCUGAGAGAUUCAUUCAAGCCCUUGAACUCCCUGAAGUCCAGGCGCACAUGAAAGAACUGAAAGAAAGAUUUGCAGGCCGAAAGGUAAUGUUGGGCGUCGAUCGUCUUGAUAUGAUAAAAGGAAUUCCUCAGAAAAUAUUGGCAUUUGAAAAGUUCCUCGAGGAGAAUUCCCACUGGCGUGAUAAAGUUGUCUUGCUGCAAAUUGCUGUACCUACUAGAAAAGAUGUUCCUGAAUACCAAAGGCUUGCAAGCCAAGUGCAUGAGAUUGUAGGACGCAUCAAUGGAAGAUUUGGAACACUUACAGCUGUUCCACUACACCAUCUGGAUCGAUCACUUGACUUUCAUGAAUUAUGUGCACUCUAUGCUGUAACUGACGUUGCACUUGUUACAUCUUUGAGAGAUGGAAUGAAUCUUGUCAGCUAUGAAUUUGUUGCGUGCCAAGCAUCCAAGAAGGGGGUUCUCAUUUUAAGUGAGUUUGCUGGUGCAGCUCAGUCUCUUGGUGCUGGUGCUAUCUUGGUAAAUCCUUGGAACAUAACAGAGGUUGCUGCUUCUAUUGGUUAUGCGUUGGAUAUGCCAGCCGAUGAAAGAGAAAAACGACAUCAGUUUAAUUUCAGACAUGUGAAGACUCACACAUCACAGGAGUGGGCUGCAACUUUUGUGAGUGAACUAAAUGAUACCAUUGUUGAAGCUCAGCUUAGGACUAGACAAGAUCCUCCAUUGCUUCCCAACAAAGUGACAGUUGACUGUUAUAAAAAAUCCAGUAACCGAUUAAUCAUACUGGGUUUCAAUGCCACUUUGACUGAACCAGUGGAUGCCCUUGGACGGGCUGGUCAAAUUAGAGAACUGGAACCUAAAUUACACCCAAAUCUGAAAGGACCUUUAAAGAAGUUAUCCGAUGAUCCACAGACAACAAUAGUACUUAUCAGUGGAAGCAAUCGAGCAGUCCUGGACAAAAACUUCAGUGAAUUUAAUAUGUGGUUGGCAGCGGAAAAUGGGAUGUUUCUGCGACUCACUUCAAGUGAGUGGAUGACAACCAUGCCUGAAAAUUUAAACAUGGAUUGGGUUGAUAGCGUGAAGCAUGUUUUUGAGUAUUUUACUGAAAGGACUCCCCGGUCUCAUUUUGAGCUUAGGGAGACUUCAAUAGUAUGGAAUUACAAGUACGCAGAUUUUGAAUUUGGAAAGAUUCAAGCAAGAGAUUUGCUUCAGCAUCUGUGGACAGGACCAAUAUCAAAUGCAUCUCUUGAUGUUGUCCAAGGUGGUCGAUCAGUUGAGGUGCGCACAGUUGGCGUGUCAAAGGGAGCAGCUAUUGAUCGUAUCCUUGGAGAGAUAGUUCAUAACAAAGGCAUGACGGCACCGAUUGACUAUGUCCUAUGCAUUGGACACUUUCUAGCCAAGGACGAAGAUGUGUAUAAAUUUUUUGAGCCGGAGCUUCCUUGUGAAUCACCUUCAGUACCAAGAGCUAUGCUAUCCAAAUCCAAGUCAUACAGACCAUCAUCUUUGCCAAAAUUUGCAGCCAAUAAAGCCGGGACAAAGGCUGCUCAGUACAAGAAACAACGUUCGUUGUCAAGCAUAGAAAAGAGAGAAAUUGAACUGAGAGCAACAUAUCGUGAUAGAAUAUCACAGCAUGAAGGUUCCUCAGUGCUUGAUCUAAAAGGUGAUAAUUACUUCUCUUGUGUUGUUGGACGGAAAAGAUCAAGUGCACGUUACCAUCUUAAAACCUCAGAUGAUGUUGUCAACCUCUUAAGUGACUUGGCAGAACAUUCUUAAUCAACAAAUUAGCUGAUAUUUUUUAUGUUGUUUUUUCUUGGUGAA